AUGCUACGUUAUGCUAGUACAAUACGUGCUUACGAUUGGUAUCAGCCAGAGUGGAGACAUCUCUACACCGAUGAUGAUCCUGAGUACGUAAAAAGCAAGCAGCUCAGAGACGUAGAGCGCAAGGAGCCGCCGAUUGUGGAUCCUUGGUAUUGCAAACAGCCGCGAAAUGCCCGCGGGAAUUAUAGACAAAAAGAUUUCCGCGGUAUGAAGGACCGCGAACGUGGUGGUGAUAGGGUUGACAAGCACGGUGGCAGACACCAUAUGUACCACAGAAAUUCACGUCCUUAUUAA